UGCGCCUGCGCACCCGGCCAGUGCUCACGCAGGCGCAGUGCCGACUACACGCGCCAUCCGCUGUCACGUGACUGAUACACUGUGUCCAUGGUAUAGUGUCUAGUGAACUUUGUGUGUGCUGUGUUUAAUAACAUGAUAUCAAGGGCGCUAUUGAUAGCGCUAUGCUGCGCGUACGCAGCGGCGCUGGCGCCACUAUCCGCGGCCGGCGACGACAACGAGUGCGCCCUCUACCUGACUGGGCCCGGCAGAACCUCCGCCUAUGACUACAGCCUCAAUCUACUGAAAGGCAACUUUGGUUACGAAGGACAACAUACGUGUAUAACCUACGACGCAGUCAACCAAGCUUACCUGGAGGCCAGGAACAGAAUCGUGGUGUCGCACCCUAAAGGAGACUGGAAGGCGGAGGAUUUCGCCAGCGUCGGAGAACUGCUGCUCGACAUCUCCAUCAGCCUCGCCAGGACGUACGGGCUCACAUAUGAGGAAAUCGAGAAGGGCUUGCCGCUUAUCGACACGUCGCGCACGCUGAUCCGCGAGGUGUGCCCGCCCAUCUUCUCGCACGUCGAGUGCCGCGCGGGGAAGUACCGCCGCUUUGACGGACUCUGCACCAACCUCCAGCACCCAACAUGGGGCGCGACCAUGUCUCCCUUCCAACGAUUGAUCGGUCCCCUGUUCGCGGACGGCAUCAACGCCCCUCGCAUCGCGCACACCGGCCGCGACCUGCCUCUGUCUCGCGUCGUCUCCCGCACCAUGCAUCCUGAUGAGGGCUACCACGACCACGCCGGCACUGUGAUGGUCAUCGCCUGGGGCCAGUUCAUGGACCACGAUUACACGCUCACUGGAACUCCACUUGACCCGGUGAACCGCAACGACCCCGAAGAGUGCUGCAAGCGGCCGCCGCACCUGAAGCACCCUUACUGCAACGAAAUAAGGGUCCCCGACGACGACUACUUCUACAGACUUUUCGGAGUCAAAUGCAUUGACUUUGUCCGAGGCUUCCCGUCACCCCGUCCCGGCUGCAGAUUGGGCUCAAGGGUUCCGUUCAACACACUGACUGGAGUUAUCGAUGGAAACACCGUGUAUGGUGUCACUGAAAAAUUCGCGAGAAAACUGCGCACUGGCUUCGGUGGGCUGCUGCGAAUGAACCCUGUCUUCAAGGAGUACGGGCUGAAGGAUCUGCUGCCGCUGAAGCUGGACAUCCCGGACGAAGGCUGCACCAGGCCCAACAAGAACAUGUACUGCUUUGAAGCUGGUGAAAUCCGAGUGAACGAGCAGCUAGUCCUGACCGUGAUGCACACGCUGAUGGCCAGAGAACACAACCGGGUCGCCCGAGGUCUGGCCGAGGUCAACCCUCACUGGGACGAUGAGACCCUGUUCCAAGAAGCACGUCGUAUUAACAUCGCUGAGAUCCAACACAUCACGUAUAACGAGUUCCUGCCCAUCUUACUCGGAAAGGACGUUAUGGAGAAGUUCGGAUUGGUUUUACAGAAGGAUGGAUACUGGAACGGCUACGAUCCUGAAGUGAACCCAGACGUCAUUGACUCGUUUGCUGCGGCUGCGUACCGGUUCGGACACUCGCUCCUUCCCACAGCUGUCGAGAGGUGGUCCAAAGCACACAAGUUCAUCGCAUCAAAGAGACUGUCCGAUCUCAUUCGUAGACCAUACGACUUAUACAGAGCUGGUGUACUCGACGAAUACGUAAUGGGUCUAAUGAACCAAGUGGCCCAAGCUAUGGACGACUCCAUCACUCAAGAAGUAACCAACCACCUGUUCAAGAAAGUAGGAGCACGAUUCGGAAUGGACCUUGUGUCGUUCAACAUGCAAAGGGGGCGAGAAUUCGGUCUACCUGGAUAUAUGGAGUUCAGAAAAUUCUGCGGCCUCUCUGGAGCAAACAACUUCCAAGAUCUAUUCGGGUCAAUGCCCAAUGAAACUGUUCGGAAAUACGAGUCGAUCUUUGAACAUCCCAUAGACGUGGAUCUGUGGUCUGGUGGUGUAUCAGAACGACCUCUUCCUGGCUCGAUGUUAGGACCCACUUUCGCUUGUAUAAUCGCAACCCAAUUUUCAUACUCAAGACGAGGAGAUAGAUUUUGGUUUGAACUGCCGAAUCAGCCAUCAUCGUUCACACCGGAACAGCUAACAGAAUUGAGGAAGGCACGCCUUGCGCGCGUCAUUUGUGACAACACGGAUAUCAUCGAUACCGUCCAAUUGUACCCAAUGGUCCUACCGGACCACGAACUGAAUCCACGUGUGCCUUGCAGAAGUGGUAUUAUUCCUUCAAUAGACUUCACGAAGUGGGCCGAACCAGCGCCCUUCCAUGGCGCCGCUAAGCAAUUCGUGAGUAGCUUCACAUAUGACCCCUAUGUCGGGAAAAAGUAGUCGCACUAGCACAUACAUGUAGUUAUGUAGUCACUAGAAAUAAAUAAACCGAAUAUUUUGUUAGAAACAAAAGUCAAAACCGAAACUAAAUUUUAAACAUGAAACAAUAUACGCUUAAAUGCAAUGGCAAAUAGAUUUAGAUAUGGUGUUUUCGUCAAAACUGCGGUAGUUGGAUACUUUUUAUUGAUUUAUUUGUUGUAUAAUAUUUUGUUAAAUUUGUGAAGUUAAAGUAAGUGAAUUAGUCAUCUAAACUCAGUUCAUAUUGAUUUAAAAUUAAUAUAACUAUUAAAGUCGUAUUGAGAACUUAAGCAAAAUAGAAAAACUGUUAUCACAGCACCAUUAAUUUUAUAUUCACGUAGUUUUAGUAAAUAAUGUCGGUUGUUUAGUUAGUUGCAAUAGCACCAAUCGCCAGUCAAAUAUUAUCUAAAAUAUUGUCAACAUGAAGUUAUUUAUAUCGUAGAUUAGUAGAUUAGCAAUAAGAUUAGACGCUUCUAAACAGGCAGCUUUUUCUAUUGGCAAAAACUAUCGAGUUAGUCCAUCAAGUUAGGUACCAAUACUUUACACAGAACAGAAUAAUCAAAAAAGUCAUUACUUUAAACAUAGGUAUGUUUCAAUCAAAGGUCUUAAAAAAUGUCUAUUUAGAAGUGCCUAAAAAUGUACAAAAUUAAGAUAUUACUCGUAUGUGGCUAUUUUAGCAGAGGCCAAAUGCUUGAUUGCCAUAUAUUUUAUAGCUAUAAAAAUAUAUUUACAUUUAAUUACCUACUUGUUUAUUUAUUGUAAUGUUUGUGAAAGUAGUGAAAAUUCACAAAUUUUCGGGGUUUUCGAAAAAAGCAAUGUUUAGGAAAUAUCAAGUUAUUCAGGUUUUGUAUUGUUAAAAAUGAGGCAUCUUUGUUAUUCAAAUAAUAUUAUAAUUAAUAAGUACUAUAAGCCUGUUUUAGAAGUAUAUUAAGUUUAAUAACGCUUGUACAUAUAAUGUUCUACGUAAUUAUUCGAUUUAAAUGAAAAGAAACCUAUUUAUUAAACUUAUAUUAGGAACAUUUCCGAGAACAGUUAAUACAAUAGUAAGCUUCUUAGUAUUUGUUUAAUCUAUAAGGUGAACUAUUUUCUGUAUAUUUAUUUUGUAUGUAAGUAAUAAUAAGUAUAAUAUUAUGCAUGCAAUAAUGGUAGAUCUUACAUAACUAAAGUUGUAUUUUGUACAUAUAUACAUUAGCCAAUUAAUAAAUCU